AUGUUGCGAAGUUCAACAAACAUUGAUAAUAACGACGACGAUGAAAAAAAAUCAGAAGAAGAAAAAAAAAAUUGUUUUAAUAUUAUAACAACCACUUCCGAACCUUCAUCUUCGACGGAUAAAUUAAAACAAAAUGAUACCCUACAGCAAUAUCAAUCAUCAACAUCAUCAUCAUCAUCAUCAUCUUUGACAAAUUUAUCUCGUAUACACGAAACAUUUUUACAAAGAUCUCUUCAAAGUAUAGCAAUAUCUUUGCAAAGCACCAUCGUGACUGCUCUUCAACAAGCUGCAUUACUUCCGGCAAAAAGUCCAGCAGCAACAGCUUUAAAUUUACAAGCUUUAGAAUCUUACGUCGCACUUCGAAGAUUAACAACAACCGUUGGUACAAACGAAACGGAAAAUAAUUAUCCGACGGCUCCGAUAGAUUCUAAUUUACCUCAACAUGGUUCAAAUAAUGAUGAUGAUGAUGAUGAUGAUGAGGAUGAUGAGGAUCAAACAUCGUCGGAAGAAUCUAUAAAAUCGACAAAAAUAAACGAAUCACGUGAAACGUGUCAAUCUAAAAACGUCUUAGAACGAAUAACGAAAUUUUUUAAAGAAAAAAAAAAAGAUCAAAUAAUUAAUAAUCCGACGAACGAUUCGGAAAAUCGAACGUCAUCGGUUAUACCAAUUGUGACGUCAUCAACAACAACGUCUACUCCCGUUCCGGUAUCUUCUUCUUCUUCUGCGACAUCGACGACUAGACCAAAGAGGCAAUUUAUUUGUAAAUAUUGUAAUAGGCAAUUUACAAAAUCUUACAAUUUAUUAAUACACGAAAGAACUCACACGGAUGAGAGGCCAUAUUCGUGCGACAUUUGUAACAAAGCGUUCAGACGACAGGAUCAUUUAAGAGAUCAUAGGUACAUACACAGCAAAGAAAAACCAUUUAAAUGUGGUGAAUGCGGAAAAGGUUUUUGCCAAUCUAGAACUUUAGCCGUCCAUAAAAUCCUUCACAUGGAAGAAUCUCCGCACAAAUGUCCAGUUUGUAGCAGAAGCUUUAAUCAAAGGUCAAAUUUAAAAACUCACCUUUUGACCCACACUGAUAUAAAACCUUAUCAUUGUACAAUGUGUGGAAAAGUAUUUAGACGUAAUUGCGAUUUAAGACGUCAUAGUUUGACGCAUAAUUUUGUCGUUUCUUCUUCUUCUGAAUCAUCUGCAACGACGACGACGAUAACAACUGAUAAUUGUAAUCCAGGUACGUCAUCGUCAUCGUUUUUAUUGACGUCAUCAGAUAAUUUUUUUAAAAAAGACUGA